AGGUUUGCUUUUAAUGAAUGACAAAUGCAACGACAUGAAGCUAGUGUGAAAAAGAAGGCCGAGUCUUAUUUGGCAAAGGUGGAACAACAACCAUGUAUGUCAACAAAGAUUGCACUUUCAAGUCUCAUGGAAGCAUUGGUCGCAGAUCAAAUCUUGAAGCAUGGAAAUGGUGAUGUCAAAGUGUCAGCUGUUGCCUGCAUAAGUGAGAUCACAAGGAUAACGGCACCAGAUGCUCCUUAUGAUGAUAAUCAAAUGACGGAAAUUUUCCAGCUGACUGUAGCAUCAUUUGAGAACUUGUCUGAUAUGAGGAGUCCUUGUUAUUCCAAGGCCGUUUCAAUUCUUAAGAGUGUUGCAACCUACAGAUGGUGCCUGGUGAUGCUGGACCUUGAAUGUGACCGAACAAUUAUUGAUAUGUUCCAACUUUUUCUAAAUGUCAUUAGGUCUGACCACCCAGAAGAAGUAUUUUCAGCCAUGGAGACUAUUAUGACUCUGGUCAUGGAUGAAAGUGAAUAUGUUUCGGUUGAGCUUCUUAGUCCCAUUCUAGCUACUAAUGUGUCACCUAUUUGUUGGAGGUUGGGAGAGAAAGCUAUAACCAACUGUGCAGCCAAGCUUAGGCCAUAUCUCAUGGAAGUGGUAAAAUGCCUGGGAACUCGUUUGAGUGAUUAUGCUCCAGCUGUUGCUACCAUUUGCCAAAAUGAAUCUAACACCCGACAAUAUAAUCUCAAUGUCAGUGGUUCAAGGGCACAUUUGGUGGCUAAAGUGUUCUCAGAAGACGUUGUCUGUCCUAGAGAAGUUGGUCCAUCUGGGGAAGAAUCUUUGAAGUCAAUGAUCUGUAAUGAUGCUUCUCAGACGAAGGACACUUUUAUAGACUACAAUUCUUUUGAUAGAUUAAAUCAACGUUCUACUAGGAAGAAACUUCUUGUAGAAACUGCUGACAAACCUGUCAAAAUAACCCAGAAACGGAGUUGGAAACCUUAUUUUUUGGUGAAUCCAGAGGAAGGCUAUGAUUAUUGUUGGAUUGGGAGGAGGAAAAGGGCUAAUCCAAGGAAAAUAAUUACAGAAGCAUCAUCAAUUUGA